GCCGCGCACGGACGGAGAAGACCGUGCGGAAUAAAGUCAAAACUCCAGGCGUUUUGUGUUCACACAGCGAAGAAACGAAAAAAAAAAACUUCAUCGGAGAAGUUCCCAUAAUGGAGCUACAUUUACCAGCGCUCGCGUUGAUCUAAGGAGUUCUUGCAGUUCUGUCGCAUUUCGAGACCGAUUGUUAUAUAAAUGCAGUGACGAAGAAAAAGCAGCUAUAAGUGGUGGACGUUAAUCGACAGAGGAAUUAGUAUUUUGUCCUGCUAAUAACGUUAGUGUGGCGACGGUUCAGAGGCGGGUUGCUUCUGGUACGUCAACGCUAGCUGCUGUAACGGAUCCCCUGCGAGGAAAUAAUUCAACCUCGACCCACAGCGGAGUGUUUUUACGGAGAGUCUCUUCGGGUCUUCCGCGCCCUUGGGUUGCUUACCCGGCGGUAAGGUGCAGCCACGCCGGGGAAAGGCACAGCGCGACGGCCGCUACUCCGGCUAGCUCGCCUGCUGCUUCUGUUUCUUGGAUCGAGGCCUUGUCGGUGAGGCGACAAUGCUUGACAUAAUGUCUGAGCACCAAGAUUCACUGUUGACGUGCAAAACUGAACCUCUGCCCCCAGAGAGGAAAAAGAGGACUGUGGAGGACUUUAACAAGUUCUGCAGCUUUGUCCUGGCAUAUGCUGGCUACAUCCCCAGUCCAAAAGAGGAAAGUUCAUGGUCCCCAACAUCAUCCAGCUCUGCGCACAGUUCAGGGCUAUCAGCAGAUGGAGGCGGUGGAGGCAGCAGCUCCACGGGCAAUGCUUGGGCAGACGGGAGCUCAGACAUCCACACCAUCCACACAUUUGUCCGCAAAGCUCGCGCAAACAAGGGCAAAAACAUCCGACGCAUGCACUCUGAUAGCACGCUGCUGGACAAGAUGCGCCUUAAAGACUCCUUGUACGACAGCCAGGCCAGCAGUAAGGCGGAGCGCAAGAAGGACAAAAAACUGAAAAAGCUGUCGCUGGGUUCUGCCAUGACGGCGGCGGACAGCGGCAGCAGCGAAGGCGAGAAAAGAGCCCGCAUUAAGCGCAGCAAAAACUCAAAACAGCCAAAAGUGAAGAAGCUCAAAAGCUCGGCUCAAAGCGAGACAGACUCUGAGGCGCGGCACACGCUCGCAGAGGUACGACCCAUGAGAGAGGAGAUGGCGACGCACGGGGGCUCCACCCCGACCAUGCAGGGCCUGGGGAAGAUGCAGCCAGACGAGUCCAUGAGGGAAGCGGAGAUGAGCUCCAGUGAGGGUGAGACGUGGAUCGCCGAUGAAGACAUUAUGGUGGAGUCAGGGGAUGACUCGUGGGACUUGAUCACCUGUUACUGUGGGAAGCCAUUCGCAGGACGGCCGAUGAUCGAGUGCAAUCAGUGCGGCAUAUGGGUGCACUUGUCGUGUGCAAAGAUCAAGAAAUCCAACGUUCCCGACAUCUUUUACUGCCACAAGUGCAGGGACGUGCGGCGGUCGGGACACAAAAAGGACCCCUAGGCACGAGGAGGACGGGUGGGACCCCCAGGAGCACCCGCCCUGUUUUUUUUCUUUUUGCUGUCCUCUUGACUCUUGUUUUCUUUGAUGCCUACAGCCAAAACAGCCUAAACUAUCACCUGGAUGGCAAAUGUAUUGUCACUUUGUAGGAUUUCUUUUUGACAAUCACAACCAUUCUUAUUUAUCCCUCACUUAUUUUGUUUUGUUUGUUUCUUACGGUUUUUAUUUUCUUUGGCUACUGUGAAGAGGUGGACAGAAGGCUACGUGACAGUGGAGAAUCAUUUAUUUGUUACUAAUUAAUUCCUUUAUUAAUUGGCUUUAAUGUUGUAUUCUGUGCUGGUGAUGUGCACAAAAAUUGUCACACUUGGUCUCAGAAACUGAAGGUGCUUUUUUUUUUUUUUCCUUUUUGGACAUGUAAAUUAUUUUGAGGAAAAUCGACAAAUCAAUGAAAAAUUUCCUUUAGUGUCUCGAGGAGUCUCAUUUUCAGUUCAGUAGCCAUUUCAUCAACUUUUAAAUCAGUGCGAGUUUUACACAUUAACAUUAAAUCUACAGCUGAAGAGAUGAAAAACGUAACUCCUGUUAUUUGUUUAGAAGCGUGUGAUAAAGUGGGCAGCUCCUCCUUAAUUUCUGAUCUUUUUUUUUUUUGCGGUUUUCGUUUUUUCCGUCGUCAGUGGUGAUCACUGAACAUUGACCUUUAGAGAUCGCACUCCUCUUAGAAUAAGUGAUCUUUUGAGUUCAUACAAUCUGUUGACAUUUACUGUUUUGCAUACUGAAAUUGCAUUGAAAAAUUGCUACAUUUCAAAUUGCACACUUUGGGCAGUGCACUUUUUAAAAAAAUAGAAACCCAGAUACCGUUUCUGCCACGUAUACCGGCGGUAUUUGGAACAUGAUGAGCUACGGCUGAUUUAAAACUGUACUUAGCAUGUAGCUGUGUACUUUGAUGACUGAGCGCUUAAUGUUUCUCCCUGUCUGGUUUGGUAAUCAUCGAUAGCCAUUAACCAUGAACAACAUUUACAUUGAAAGCUGUUCGAAUUUUGAUGUUUUUGUUUCAUGUGUGUUUUUUUUUUUUUUCCAUUUCUUCUUCUUCUUUUUUUUUUUUUUUUUUUUUAAAUAGUUUUUCAUGUUAAAAACUGAUCCGAGGGGGUAAUGUUGCUGUAAGACGAAUGGUUCGGCAGUGCUUUACGAUAUCAACAGUGGCUCUGAGGCUCGUUUAUGAAUGGUUGUAAAAUAUUUGUUCUUCUGUUUCAUUGUAAUUGUUUUAUUUCUUAGCUUUCUGAGCAAGCGGGAUUUAGAGAAGCGCCCCGCAUCAGAGAAUGGACAUAAGAUUGUCUCACAUGGAGAACAAAGUUGUAGUGUACAGAAAAAUAAGUUGAUGCCGCGUAGGUUUGUGGCAUUUGUUUUAUGUUGUUUGGUUUUACCACGUGCUUUUUCUUUUGUUGGUGGGAGUGUGUUGGUAAGUCUCCAGUAGCAGUUGCACUCUCUCUACAAACUUCAAUUCUGUGUACAUAUCCUGUUCUUUGACAACUGUACAUAUGUGAAAGCGAAGAGAGAAAAUACCCAAGCAAAAUCUAUAUUUUCUGCAGUCUGAUAUUGUUUUCUUUAAUUGUAGCUUGAAAAAUAAAAGUCUUUGGGAACAUAAA